GCCAGAGCCCUGCACUGGGGUGUGUGUCGUGCUUUGCGGGGAACGUCCUGCUCGCUGGGGUGGCCGAAAGAUGGAGUUACCAAAAGGUGCGCUGGCUGGUAGAUUACAGGAGCAGGAUUUUAAGCUCCCCACUUUGUCCAAGGAGGAUCUUGAAGAGCUACAGGCCGCCAUCGACAGAGGAGAUCUUUCAGCAGCAGCUUCCAAAGUUCAGGAAUCCCUGGAGCUAUUAAAAAAUGCCAGCCUCGACAUCGCCAUCAUGGGAGAAGUGGGUGCUGGGAAAUCAUCCUUCAUCAAUGCCAUCCGGGGUUUGGAAGAUGAUGAUGAUGGUGCAGCCAUGGUUGGCAUGGUGGAAACGACAAAGGAGCCGAUUGCAUAUUCUCAUCCUAAACUCCCCAAUGUGAGGGUGUGGGACCUACCCGGAAUCGGGAUUUCAAGAUUCCGGCCUGACACCUACCUCCGGCUGGUCAACUUUGCCCACUAUGAUUUCUUCAUCAUCCUUGUUUCACACAGGUUCAGAUCCACGCACGCUGACCUGGUCCGGGAGAUCCAGAGAAUGGGGAAAAAGUUCUACUUUGUGUAUUCCCAGGUGGACAUGGACUUGUGUAACGAGAGAAGGAAAAAUAACUUCAGCCAGGAGGGUGUCCUGCAGAGAAUCCGAAGUCAUUGCAUCGAGUCCCUGCAGAGACAAGGGGUGAGCUCCCCACAGACUUUCCUCAUCUCCAGAUGGGAAUUCGACAAGUACGAUGGUCCCCGACUGCAAGAAGCUCUGGCAGAUGAAGUCGAUGCUCACAAGAGGCAUGUUUUCCUUCUUGCCCUACCCAGCAUUUUCAGACCCAUCUUCGAAAGGAAGAGGAAAGCCCUGCAGGGACAGGCCAGGGUACAAGCCCGCACCAUCUCCGCCAGUCUUAGCCCGGGUCUCUCCAUUGCUUGUGACGUUCCCCAGUUAAUGGGAUUCAUGGCAAGUUACUGCAAGAGCUUUGGCUUGGAUGAUGACUCCCUGGUUAACCUUGCCCAGCAGGUUGGGAAGCCUGUCGUGGACUUGAGAACUGUGAUAAGGUCUCCCCUAGGCAAAGAAAUAUCUAGUCAUUUUACCCUGAAUCUGCUGGCCAAGGCUAGAGCUGAUUGUAUGACGAGAACUGGGCGUAUCCUCAGUGCGAUACCAUUGAUCGGUGGUUUGGUGGAGGCACAGGUGGCUUUUUCGGUCACAUGCACCAUCCUACAGCACUUUCUGGAUAAUGUGGCUGAAGAUGCCCAAAGGGUCCUGAUCAAGGCAUUGGAAGCGGAAGAGAAAAAGGAGAUGGAUGCUACUGGAGAAGCUUCAUCUGGUAUAUUUCAAGAUCUGGACAUUAAACUCCCUAGUAUGUCAGAGGAGGAAUUCAAAGAGCUAAAGGCCGCGGUUCAAAUAGGGAGCCUUUCAGAAGUAGUUUCCAAACUGGAGCAAUCAAAAAACACUAAGCUCAAUAUCGCCAUCACGGGAGAGUCAGGAUGUGGGAAAUCAUCCUUCAUCAAUGCCAUGCUGGGUCUGGAUGAUGAUGACAAAGAUGCAGCCAAGGUUGAUAUGGCGAAAACAACAAUGGAGCCAACUCCUUAUCCUCAUCCUAAACAUCCAAACAUUACCAUGUGGGAACUUCCGGGAAUUGGGACGCCGAGUUUCCGACCUGACAGCUACCUCCAGCAGGUCAAUUUUGCCUGCUAUGAUUUCUUCAUUAUCAUCUCGUCGGAGCGGUUCAAAUCCACCCAUGCUGACCUGGCCCAGGAGAUCCACAGGGUGGAGAAGAAGUUCUUCUUUGUGCGCUCCAAGGUGGACGUAGACUUGCAAAAUGAAAAAAGGAAGAAAAGCUUUAGUGAGGGGAGGAUUUUGGAGAAAAUCAGAGACGAUUGUGUGACGAGGUUGCAGGGAGAAGGGGUGACCUCCCCGCAGGUUUUUCUUGUCUCCAGAUGGGAGUUUGGCAAGUACGAUUCUCCACAACUACAGGAAACUCUGGCAGAUGACCUCGACUUGUUCAAGAGACAUGUUUUCCUUCUUUCCCUGCCCAGCAUUUCCAGACCCAUCCUGGAAAGGAAGAAGAAAGCCCUGCAGGGAGAGGUCUGGAAACAAGCCCUGGUGUCCUGCACCAUCUCUGCCAUUCCUAUCCCAGGUCACCCUGUUGUUUGUGACAUUCCCCGGUUGAUGGGCUGCAUGGCAAGUUACCGCGAGGCUUUUGACUUGGAUGAUGAGUCCCUGGUUUACCUUGCCAAGAUGACUGGGAAGCCCGUCGCAAACUUGAAAGCUGUGGUAAGGUCCCCUCUAACUGAAGAAAUAUCAAAUGAGAUGACGUUGAAUCUGCUGGCCAAGGCUAAAGCUGAUUGCAUGACAAGAACAGAAUGUAUCCUCAGUGGGUUACGAUUGACUGGUACAUCUGUCGAGGCAGAGUUGUCUUUUUGGGUCACCUACACUGUCCUGCGGCGCUUUCUAGAUGACAUCGCUGAAGAUGCCCAAACAGUCCUGACCAAGGCAUUGGACGAAGAAGAGAUAGUGGAGAUGGCGUCUACAGAAGAGGAAUCGAGGAGCCUAUUUCAAGAUCUGGAUGUUAAAGUCCCUGGUAUGUCCGAGAAGGAUGUUGAAGAGCUAAAGGCUGCCAUUGAAACAGGGAACCUUUCGGAAGCAGCUCAAAAAGCAGAGGAGGCCCUAGAGCUGUCAAAAAACACCAAGCUCAACAUCGCCAUCACGGGAGAGUCGGGAUCUGGGAAAUCGUCCUUCAUCAACGCCAUGCUAGGAUUAGCCGACGAUGAUGAAGGAGCGGCCGAGGUUGGCAUCAUAGAAACGACAACAGAGCCAAUCGCUUAUCUGCAUCCCACACUCCCCAAUGUGAAGAUGUGGGACUUGCCUGGGAUCGGGACACCAAGCUUCCGGCCUGACACCUACCUUCAACAGGUCAGCUUUGCCCGCUAUGACUUCUUCAUCAUUGUCACUUCGAAGCGCUUCAGAUCCUGUAACGCAGACCUGGCCCAGGAGAUCCAGAAGAUGGGGAAGAAGUUCUACUUUGUGCGCUCCAAAGUGGACGAGGACUUGAGAAACGAAAGUAGAAAAAGAAACUACGACCAGGAGACCACCUUGCAGACAAUCCGAGACGACUGUGUGGAGAAGCUGAGGAGGGAAGGAGUAAAUUCCCCACAGGUUUUCCUCAUUUCCAGGUGGGAAUUCGACCAGUACGAUUCUCCUCAACUGCAGGAAACUCUGGCCAACGAACUGGACUCUCACAAGAGACACGUUUUCCUCUUGGCGCUUCCCAACAUCUCAAGGCCAAUCCUGGAUAAGAAAAAAGAAGCCCUGAAGAACCAGAUCUGGAAACGAGCCCUGAAGUCGUGCGCUAUUGCGGCUGUUCCCAUCCCCCACCUCUCUGUCUCAUGUGACGUUGACAUCCUGGUGGAAUCCAUGACCGAGUACUGCAAAGUCUUCGGUUUGGAUGAAGAAUCCCUCAUUAAAUUGUCCAAACAGGCCGGGAAACCCGUGUCUCAGUUGAAGGAUGUGAUCAAGACCCCAUUGGCCAAGGAAAUAUCAAGAGAAGAUGCUUUGGAGCUGCUGAGCAAGGUUUCAGGUAGUGCAAUGAGUCAAUAUUACAAUAUUACAAAAUUCAGUCAAUAUUUCCACUGCUUGGUCAAAUCGUCUAAGCUUACUGAUCUUGCCUGGGAGCAAGGGGACAAGGAGAUGGGUGAAACCACGAUAAAAGUUAAAAAGUACAUAAGUCUCCUACCAGUGUGUGGAACCCUCCUAGCUGCAGAGACCUCAUUCCUAGUCACAAACUACGCCCUGCAUUUCUUUCUGGAUGGCGUUGCUGAGGAUGCCCAUCGGGUGCUCACCCAGGCUCUGGAGGUGGCAGAGAAAAAGUCCGUUUAGUGGCACCGGGGAGGAUGGUCUUGCAGUCAGAGUGUUGGAGUGUGACUCAGGAGACCUGCCUCCACCACAGCAUGCCUGUGUGACCUUCAUCACAUCUAGUCAUCUCUGUGCCUUAGUUUCCCCUGCCUAUAACAUGGAGAGAAUCAUCCUUUGUCUACUUUGUAAGCUCAUUGGAGGCAGAAACUGUGUCUCCCUCUGGCGCAAAGGGGCCCUGAUCUGGGUCGGGGUUGUAGAGAUCUAUUUAUUGAAGAUAAUAAUUUAGAGACGCUCCCACAUAAUGAACUGUAUUACGAAUGCAGGAAUUUAGUGAUGCGCCCUGGAAGCUGGGUUGAGAACCCAGGACAGCUGUGCACAGCAGUUCAGAAACAAACUAGAAGCUUUAUUAAAGUUGUAUUUCCUGUGUGUCACAGACGCACGGGACUCGUGCCCUCUCGGCUCUGUACGGUCCCUGGGGGGACCCCCCUUCAGUGUGACAGCCCUGCUCGGGGGUCCGCUCUCGGGGGUUAAGCCCUGGACUCCAGCACCUCCUGGAACCCCACCUCUCUGAGCCUUAGCACACCUGGUUCUGCCCCCUUGCUCUCUAGCCCGGAGCGACUCUCAGCCAGCGUAACACAGGAGGGUUUAUUGAGCAUCUGAGCUCAGCACAGGGAACUCUCAGGGCCACAGGCCUGGCCUCCCUCAGCACAGUACAUCUAGAUCUGUCCUGCCUCCAGCUGGCUCUGGCAGCUCUCUCCUCCUUCCCAGAAAACCCCUCCUUCCAGCUGGGCAUCCGAUAUCACCGUCCCCCAAGUCCCAUCUCUGUCCUUUGUCUUCUGUCCCAGGUAAACAGGCCUCCUGGAUCUCCUCUUCUUCCAGCCUCUCCUCUCAUCCGUCCUUUGUUCCCUUCUGGCUGGAACUGGCUGGUCAGGUCACCGGGGUCCUCUCCCCGCAGCCCAUUGUCCUCCCACUGGCCAGAACCAGCUGUGACUAUAGAGCAAUUAGAGGGCUUUUCCUUCACCCUCCCACUUCUCUGGUUCCUGUCACGCAGGCAGCAGGCAGCAAACGACCAGCAGUCCCUAGUGCAGACAAUGCGAUGUUCAUUGGAGUUAAUGUCCAGCAAGCGUGAUUCCAAUUUCCCUUCCCCCCACCUCCUGUUUGACCCCAAUUUAUUGAGUAAUAUUCUCAGCUACACCUUAACCGAUCAUUUUACUGAUAUUUAACUAACCAAUCCUAACAUCCUGUAACAUAAUUCUGUAACCUAUUGUAUCCCAUUACCCUGAUUAACUUACACCCAGCAAAGUUAAUUAUACAGCAGCCAGAAACCAUUAGAGAACCAGGCAGAUUAACAAUAGAAAAGGGAGGGCCAUGAAGAUAAAACAGACAGAAAUGAGGGUUUGACAACCACAACCACUGAGAAGUGAUUUCUUGCCACACAGGAUGCUGUCAAACUAAGGCCUUGUUUACGCUGCCAGGUUACAACUUUCUCGCUCAGGGGGGUGAAAAAACACCCCCCUGAGCGCAGCAAGUUUCAGCCCUGUAACGUGCCAGUGUAGACAGGGUCUCAGUGCUGGGAGCUACAGGGGAUGGGUUUUUUACAGUGCCGGGAGAGCUGUCUCCCAGGCCUGGUGCGGCGACUACACAAGCCAGGUUGCUAGUGAAGACUUGCCCUAAGUUUUCUUCAACCAUGUUAAGAUCUGUUUCUUUAUCUGGUGGUGAUGGGCACUAUCAGGUCAGGAUCAUCUUCCUAACAGCUGGUGAUAAAUGAAGGGGAGGGGGUAGCUCCCUUUUAUGGACACCCAGCCAG